UAUUUCUAGCUAAGACACGAGCCAGUAAAACAAUGUUUAUCCAAUGGGAGUAAUAUACCGGCACAGACAAGAAUCAAAAUCCAGGUGUCCCUGAAGUGACGAAAAUACCCUCGGCUUUUCAAGUAUUUUGUCGUUACAAGAAGGGCAAUUUUGGAAUCACAAACAGCAUGUGUAAAAUAUAUAAUAUAGUACACUACAGGCUAUAGAGAGGCACCAUCUUCAUUCAUGCAAAAAGCAAAAACAAAGUAUCGAGAGAGGUGAGAGAGAGACGAAACCCUUGCGUUACCCUAAUUCUCAGUACAGCAGUAACAACAAUGGCCAACCUACCAUGGGGCACGAUCGUCGACAUCCUACUCCGACUACCGGUUGAAGAUUUGCUCCGCUACAAGUGCGUCUCAAAGGGGUGGUGCGGCCUAAUCCAAAGCCGUUCUUUCGUCAAGAGGCACCUCAGUCACUCCAUUGAAACCAGCUCAAACCUCUGUGUUAUCCUCAAUACGGGUCACGAGUUUCACUCUGUCGAACUCGACUGCGAACUCAGCGCUCUUGAGUCUUCCGUACGAGUUGAUCCCCCAAUAUUCACCGGGCACGGGGUCGAGAUUUUGGGUUUCUGUAAUGGACUGGUAGUCCUUAUGGAGACUGGUCCGCGUUAUGACACGGUUAUUUGGAACCCAGCCACCAAACAGUGUAGAAAGGUACCCAUGUCUGAUCUUAAUCAGCUUCCUGGCAGUAUUUUUUAUGAUAUUGGUAUAGCUGGUUUUGGGUACGACCCUGUGAACGACGACCAUAAAUUUUUAAGAAUGUUACAUUACUGUGGAAAUAACCCUGUUAGGUCAUUGCGUUCGGAGGUGAAUGUUUAUAGCCUAAACACUAACACUUGGAAAAGGGUUGCUGAUUUUCCUUACUUGGGUAAGCAUUGUGGGAAAAGCCUUCUAGUGGGGAGUUCUUUCCAUUGGUUGUUGGGGCUACAGCUUGGUACUAAAAUUUCCACCGUUAUCCUUGCGUUUGAUCUAGUCACUGAAAAAUAUAGGCAAAUUCCACGUGCUGACACAGAUACUAAGGGCAAAGCCUAUUACUCAACUAUCACAGAACUUGGUGGGUGGCUUUGUGAGGUAGUGAAAUACGGGGGACAUAGUGAGAAAGCACAGUAUGUUGAGUUCUGGGUUAUGAAGGAAUACGGGGUUAAAGAGUCCUGGACUAAGCUAUGUACAGUGGUACCAUCAAAUGUGACUGGGUCAUUUACAUCUAUAAUGCCUCUUAAGUAUUUCAAGAAGGCCCAUCAAAUUCUUUUUGACCAGGACAAUAAGAAGCUUAUGCUCUAUGAUCUGGAAAGAAAGGAGGCUAAGAGUGUGAGGAGCUAUACUAAAACUUGUGGAAAGAUCGCAUGUGUGAGAAGCCUCAUUGGAGUUGGAGUUGAUAAGCCAAAUUCAGGGAAAGAGGCAGAGGAGGACCUGAACAAGAAAAAUAAUGAGAAGGAGAAGCAGCAACCAACAGGGAAGAAGUGGGAUGAUUUCUUGUCCAAGGGGGUUUCAUUUAAACUGGUGCUGUAAAUGGAGCGCGUUCGAUGAACAAAGGCAGAGAUUGGGACUACUACUACGUGGUUAUUGGUGGGUUUGCUGAUGAAGUUUCUAUAGUUAGACUUGGACUUAUGCUAUGAUAUGGAGCUCUACUAUCUAUUGUUACCUUUUGUUUUAUGGUAUUUUAAUUUGAGACUAGAAAGCUUCUGGAUUGAAAUUUCAAAUAGUAAUUGUAAUGUUUUAUUUCUAUGGUUAGACUUGGACUUAUGCUAUGAUGGAGCUCUACCAUCUCUUGUUACCUUUUGUUUUGUGGUAUUUUAAUUUGAGAAUAGAAAGCUUUUGGAUUCAAA